AUGGACAACCUGACAUUCACAAAUGACAUUCUCCUCAUGGAGGGACUGAAAGUUACACAUCAGUCCACCUAUCCUGUUUUCAUCCUGCUUCUCUUGAUUUAUGUUUUUACAAUGGGGUGUAACGUUGGACUUAUAAUACUGAUCUCAACUGACAAGAAUUUAAAUCAUCCUAUGCAUUUUCUGUUCUGUAACUUGCCACUGAAUGAUAUCUUAGGGACCACUGUAAUUAUGCCACGAUUACUACAGGACAUUUUAAUGGAAGCCUCAGAGCGCUAUAUGACAUAUGUGGAGUGUGUUGUUCAAGCUUACUUUGUUCACACAUUUGCAACUGUAAGCCACACUGUGCUAAUGAUCAUGGCCUUUGACAGAUAUGUGGCUAUAUGCAAUCCACUGCGGUACACAGCCAUAAUGACCAAUAAAAUGGUGGUUAAACUAUCAGCAUUAGCCUGGGGGGUGUCAGUACCUGCAGUGGGAAUUCUAAUAGGACUCACUGUACGCCUGUCUCGCUGCAGAUAUAAAAUUGAAAACCCUUUCUGUGAUAAUGCCUCACUGUUUAAACUGUCCUGUGAGGGAAGUGUUUUUAUUAAUAAUUUUUUUGGAAUAUUUUCUACUGUGAUUAUACUUACCUUCUCACUUGGGUCUGUAUUCAUAACAUAUGGAAAGAUUGCUGCAGUAUGCAAAAGAAGCAAAAACAAAGCAUUCAACAGCAAAGCCAUAAAAACCUGUGGCACACACAUAGCUGUUUAUAUAAUCAUGUUUGUUUCUUGUGCCAUCAUGGUUUUUUUCCAUCGUUCUCCUCAAUAUUCUGAAAAUAGAAAACUAGCUAGUAUAAUGUUUCAUUUAGUACCACCAGGACUAAAUCCUUUAGUAUAUGGUGUACAAACCAAAGAGAUAAGACAAAGGGCUGUUAAACUUUGCUGCAGAAACAAAGUUAAUGUCAAGUAA